AUUUUUCAUGAAUAAUAGUUAUAUUGAUGCCUUCUAGAGUACUUUUCUGGUUGGAAAUCCUAGGGCAAUUUUGCCAUUUCUCAGCACUCAAUGUUUAAGCCCCAGAGUCUUCUUAUACAUUUUAUCCCUUGCUUUCAUACCAGGCUUCAAAUCUCUCUCUCUCACUUAUAAAUCCGAGGUAGAAAAUAACACUUCUCGUUAGUAUCACCAUUUCUCUCUGUCUCUCAACUUCUGCAACUGCUCACUUCAGAGCCAUGCCUGCUCUCGAAACCCUAAUUUUUCGCGGAAAUCCAAGCGUAAAUGCCAGUCUAGAACCUCACAGAAACCCUAAUAUCCAUUUGAGGCAGCCAACAAUGGCUCUCGAAACCCUAACCCCUUAUCGAAGCCCCAAUUCCCCUUGGUGCUCCCAAAAAAUACCGAAGCUCCUUGUUGAGCCCCACAAAAGCCCUAAUUUUCUCAUAAAACGGCCUUCAACGGUGAACGCUCAUUGUUCCUUAGUUUCAUCUUCUUGUUUCGGAAGCAUUAAUGCUCAGAAGUUUGCAAAAGAUGCUGGUUUCUCCUCUGCAAGACUGAUUAGAGGCGGAUUAAUUUUACUUAAUCAGCGAUUAAUCGCUGCUCGAAGGCAAGGAAUAGUGGCUGCUGCCUCUCAUGAAGAAUCGGAUCAUUCAAAGAUAGAUGUGGAGAAACAAUCUAAGUCAGAAGAAAAAUGGAAACAAACAUUAGAGUCUAUCAAACAAGAGGCCAUAAAGAUGCAAGGCAUAUCAAAGGAAGCAUACGAGGCAUAUAUGCAAAAAACCAAGGUGGUUUUGAAGGAUACAGCAGAACAAUUGAUGAUCAAAGCAGAGAAAGCAUCGAGAGAUUUGGCAUUAAUGUCAGAAGAAACCCGUGCAGAGAGCAGCGAAUAUUUUCUUAAAGCACUGAAGGAUGUGCCCGAACCUUUGAAGGAUGUUGUAGAAACUUAUUCCUCCCAUCCAGUAACUGAAAUGAAGAAAAUUUCAGAUGCUCGUGAUUUUUAUUUUGGCAUUCCUUAUGGUGCAUUUCUAUUUCUUGGGGGUUUCUUAUCCUUUAUGAUUUCUGGUAGUAUUCCUGCUAUUCGUUUUGGUGUGAUUCUUGGUGGAGCACUCUUGGCUUUAAGUAUAUUGAGUUUGAGGGCAUGGAACCGAAAAGAGUCAUCUUCUUUAUUUCUGAAAGGACAGUCUGCAAUUGCACUUCUGAUCUUCUUGAGGGAGAUUCGUCUGCUAUGUCAGAGUCCAUCAUUCCUAACAUUCAUUAUGUCCCUUGUCAGUGGUUCAAUGGUGGCUUUCUAUUUGUAUAGGAUCUACCUACACAGCCAAGAGAAAGGUUCAAGCCCCACUAAACCAGGUCCCACCAUUGAAAGUCCUAAAUGAGGUCCUUCUGUUGAUGGCCAGUGAAGGAUUAGUGUGUCGAGUGUAGAUUUUGCUUGAAUUUGAAGGCUUUGGUUUUUCUCUUUUGUAUGGAGCCAAAAGAGAGGCCCAGGGGUCAGUGUAGAAAGGCGAGCCAAUAAGACCAGUGGAGAAGUUUACCUUGUAUUUUUGACCCUUUUGUCUAAUGAAUUUGUUCAGUACUUGUAAGCAUUUAUGUGAUUUUCUUUAUUUUGUUCUCUGUCCAUUUAUUUUGCUAUUAGUAUGGAUUUGUUCGUUUGAUCACACCGAUUAGCUUCCGAUCAUAUUGGCCGGUUUUGAAUCUUGAGUUUAUGUAACAGGAGAUCUGGACUACGAAAUAUUAUUGGUUCACACGGGCUGAUCUCUCUCA